AUGGGGAAUGCAGGAAAUGAAACAGAAAAAUCCCAGCUAAUUACACAAAUCUGCAGCAUAUUGACCCGUGCCAAUGCGUGUGCUCACCGGCAUCAUCGGUGCGCGAUUCGAUCGCCGUUUAUCGACUGGUACCUUGUCCUUGGAGUGGCUGAGAAUGCUGGGGUAGAUUCCAUUAGGAAACAAUAUCACAAACUUGCUUUGCAGCUUCAUCCUGAUAAGAAUAAGCACCCAAAGGCUGAAUCUGCAUUCAAACUUGUAUCUGAGGCCUAUUUUUGCCUAUCAGACAGUUCAAGAAAAGCAGCAUUUGAUUCAGAGAGGAAAAAUAGUUUCUGCAGUGAGUGUUCUCGUCCUCCUAGCAGAAGAAAGGAUGAAGUUGAAGGAAUAUCUUAUCCAGGACGGAAAAAUUUUAACGGUAUUAUACAGCGAAUGAAAAAUCUUCGAACCAGGCUCGAAGAGGAAGCGACAAUCAUUGAAAAGUGUUUGAAAGCCAAUGCUGCAUCAAAGGGUGAAUUCCCUGUUUUCGGUGCAAAAACUGAAUCACCAAUUUUUAAUCCAUCAGAUUAUCAGUUUCAGGGCUAUCCUCAUCAGAGAGCCAACAAUUAUACAAAACCGGAAAGUUUCAAAUUCUUCAUGGCACGAAACAGAUGCAUUCGCACGGCUGUUAAGAGCGAUUCCCCGAUCUUUCAAUGUAGAUCAGAAGAAAGGGAACCCUGUAAAUCUCGAUAUGCUUGUAUCAGAUCUAAAUGA